UCGGGUUUUGUUUAGUUCAGGGAUCUGCACGAACUCAGUCUUUCCGUUUCUUUCUCUAAAAGGAAUUACAGCCACCCGGACCAGCAAUGCAAGAAAGAACAAUAGCAAAACCACUUAUUAUUGACUACGAAAACGCGUGACUUCAAUGGCACAAGAGUACACAUCACUUGGAUGUAUUAUUGUCUCACGUUCGUAAGGAUUCGGUUGAUGCGUAAUUUCUAGGAGUACGCCUGAAAGAGGACAGCUAAGUUAACUUUCUUAAGGGUACUUAAAGAGAUGUAUUAAGUUGUUGCUCUGACUCUCGUUAUUGGUUAUCAGAUAAAUAUAUUUUUGGAGUUUUGCGUAUUUUUAUCUUUCUGUGAACGUCAUUGGGCAGCUGAGUAAUAUUCGUACGUCAGCGCGGGACAGAUGACGACUGAGAGCUCUCACGAAGCAUUGGGGUCGACGCCCCCAUUGAGGACCAGUCCAGCGUCCAUCGCGCUGCAUCCCGGACUGAUGAACUCGUUGGGUGGCGUGGAGGACCAUGGCGUAGUGUCCAAGAGCAAAAAGAGCAGUUCAGGACUGCGACGGCCGGAAAAACCGCCCUAUUCUUACAUUGCUCUCAUUGUGAUGGCAAUUCAGAGCGCACCAAGCAAGCGACUUACACUUAGUGAGAUAUACCAGUUCUUGCAAACGCGCUUCCCCUUUUUCCGGGGCUCUUAUCAGGGCUGGAAAAACUCCGUUCGCCACAAUUUGUCUCUAAACGAGUGUUUCAUUAAACUACCAAAGGGACUUGGGCGACCUGGAAAGGGACAUUAUUGGACUAUAGACCCCACCAGUGAGUUUAUGUUCGAAGAAGGAUCAUUUCGGCGAAGACCGCGAGGAUUUCGGAGAAAAUGUCAGGCCAUGAAACCCAUGUACCGAAUGAUGAACGGCCUUGGGUUCGGUUCCGCCAUUUUACCUCAGAGCUUUGAUUACCAACAUCCCACCCACAGCAGUGGCUAUAACCUUGACCUGUCUGGCAAUGGAUAUGAGUCAAUUAGCAGUAACCAUCACACUCACAUGUCCCCCGGCUCCAGACAUGGUUAUAUGGCCAGCUGUCCGGUCCCGGGAAACGGAGAUUACGGCGGAGAUAGCAACACCAGUCCGGUUCCGUCUUCUCCUGCAAUAGCGAGCGCGCAUGAAGGCCACUCGCCGUAUUCCGAAAGCAUUCCUCUCUGGGCUUCAUCGAGCUCUCCAUACCUAAAACAGCCCACUGUCAACUCGAGCAAUUCGGCGUCCACAGGGCAGCAUCCAGGCAUUUUCAGCUACUCUCUGGAGCAGGGUUAUAUACAACAAAGCGCGAGAGAAAACACAGACAUGGCAGUGGGUAUAUCGCGCUAUCCAACACAUUCAUCCCCCGUCGGAGAACGAAAGGACUUCGUGCUGAAUUUUAACGGGAUUUCAUCGUUCCACCCUUCAGCUGGGGGAUAUUAUCAUCACCAUCACCAUCAUCACCAUCAUCAGAGCAUGCACCAAGACGUCAAACCUUGCGUAAUGUAGGCCGUCUGCUGUGAUGUAAUUUGUACAAAGAUAAGCACUUGAUUAACUAAGCUUAAGAGAAUUCAUGAAGCUUAUUGAAGGAUUAGCAUAUUAUAUAGUGUAGACACGCAAAAUGUUUGCAAAUGUUUUCCUAAACAAGCGGAAAAAAACGACAUGAUUAAUCCACAGAGCGUCGAGCCUGCACUAUCUUGCCAAUAAAUGUCCGUUCAUUGAAUUCAUGGACUGACCAUUUUGCUGUGCCUUGUGAUUAAAUGUCAAUAGAGAUUGAAUUAAGCACAUGUAACCGUAUUUUACUUUUUCUGUACAGUGCA